AGCAAAAUCAAAAUUCAUAUAGAGAGCCGACCAACAACCCACCGUAUCAGCUAAAGCACACACAAACAGCCCUCACGAUGCUUCUUGGCCAUCUUCUUUGUCCAUGACCACCCCAACGACGACGCCGGCGAAGAUGCGGGCCGUGCUUUAUGACGCCUGCGGCGGAGGCGCCGCCAGCCUCAAGCAUGUAGAAGUCCCCGUCCCUUCAGCAAAGAAGAAUGAGGUCCUGUUGAAACUACAAGCUGCAACCGUGAAUCCUCUGCUGCCUCCGAACGAAAAGCUAGCAGAGAGAGAAAAGAAGGAACCCUGCAUCUCUACUGCUCCUUUUCCUGCAGUGACUGAUGUCGCAGGAGUAAUUGUUGAUGUUGGUCCUGGAGUGAAUGGUCUCACAGCGGGUGAUCAAGUUGUCGCCAAGUUGAACUCUCUUAAUGGAGGUGGACUUGCAGAGUACGCGGUAGCACCCGCAAACCUGACUGUCAAAAGGCCAGCUAAGGUUUCUGCAGCUGAGGGUGCUGGCCUUCCCAUUGCUGCAGGCACUGCGCUCCAGGCACUGAGGUCCAUUGGGGCCAAGUUUGACGGCACCGGCAAGCCUCUGAAUGUGUUGAUCACCGCUGCCUCCGGUGGUGUAGGCCUGUACGCGGUGCAGCUUGCGAAGCUGGCGAACCUUCAUGUCACCGCCACCUGCGGCGCCCGCAACAUGGAUCUUGUGAAGAGCUUGGGCGCGGACGAGGUGAUGGACUACAGGACCCCAGAGGGAGCGACCCUGCAGAGCCCCUCCGGCCGGAAGUACGACGGCGUGGUUCACUGCACCGUCGGUGUCAGCUGGUCGUCUUUCCAGCUGUUGCUGAGUGACGCCGGGAGAGUGAUAGAUGUCACCCCGAACUUGUCAGCCAUCCUCACAUAUGUGCUGCACAGGGUGACAUUCUCCAAGAAGCGCCUCGUGCCCCAGCUUCUCCUGUCCCUCAACAAGGCAGACCUGGAGUUCUUGGUCGGGUUGCUCGAGGAAGGCAAGCUGAAGACGGUGAUCGACUCGAGGUUCCCGUUGAGUGACGCAGGCAAGGCGCGGCAGAGCAGUAUCGAUGGCCAUGCCACUGGCAAGAUUGUCGUUGAGAUGGAGAGCUGAUCGUCGUCAAUGCUAUUAUUGCCAACGGACUUGCAUGCAGACAGUGGAGAGGAGGAAUACAUAGGAUGGAAUUAUACAGACUACUCAUUUGUACGUUUUUUUUUGAGCAUCAGUACAGACACAAGCGCUCAUAUACACGCGCAUACACUCACCCCUAUGAACGCACACAUGCACAUCCUACCCCUAUGAGCACCUCCGAGAGACUGA